AUGUUAUACCUCAUGGACAAUAGCCUCGCUGGUGUAAGGACGUUGGGGUACCUGCCUUCUUUGCGAGGUCUGUACCUCCAGAGUAAUGAACUCACAUCUACGGAAGGCCUCGACCAGCUCCCUUAUUUGACUGAGUUGAAUCUGGAUGACAACAAGAUUUCCACGUUCGAAGGGUUAGCGAGUUCCACUUGCCUUUGCCGGCUGUCCCUGACAGCUCAAAGGACGGCCACACCGUUAUUUUUCUGUCCUAAAGUCUUGACUGUGUUAAGUCAAUCUCUGAGAUACUUAAACAUAUCGAAGAAUAGAGUGCAAGAUCUUGCACCUAUCGGUAAAUUACAGUUUCUUGAAGCUCUCCACGCAACGGAGAACCUGGUCAGGGAAAUCGGAUCGAUCGAGGCUAUGCUCGACGGCUGCAGAAAGCUUUCCACUGUGGAUCUACGCCACAAUCCGGUCACUAAAGUGCGACAUUACUGGGAUCGUCUCCUGUUGGGAGCCUCUACAACUCUGAAGGAGGCAGACGGUCGGGAAGUUACUUGCGCUAGGAGAUCCUUCGUCCGGGAACUCCACAAACGGCGAUGCGCCUUUAGAGGACAAAGAGCACGCGAAGGGGAGGAGAAAAGGGUGGCACAUUCUAACUCCGAGUCCUGUUCUGGAAAUAUUCUUGUAACGAGAUCGCUUCAAAGCAGCCUACGAAAUUAA